AUGUUGGAAAGAAGUGUCCUUCUACGGAAAUGGUACGAUCUGUUGACGUUGAACAAGGAGGACCUUGCUAAGCUGAUCACCUUUGAGUGUCUGGCGAGUCAGGCCGGGAUCCCUGCGGGGGUGUUUAACGUGGUUCCCUGCUCCAGAGAGAAGACCCCCUCUGUUGGGACGGUCCUCUGCACAGACCCCCUGGUGGGGAAGGUCUCCUUCACUGGAUCCACUGCCACUGGAAAGAUUCUCUUGAAGCACGCUGCCGACACCAUCAAGAGGGUUUCAAUGGAGCUGGGUGGCCAUGCCCCUUUCAUUGUGUUUGACAGUGCAGAUGUGGACAAGGCUGUGSRGGGAGCCAUGAACUCCAAGUUCAGGAACUCAGGACAGACAUGCGUCUGCUCCAACCGCUUCCUGGUCCAGAGUAGGAUCCACGAUCACUUCAUAGAGAAGUUGGGGAAGGCCAUGGACGCAGAGCUCCGUCUGGGCCACGGCUCUGACCCAAACACCACCCAGGGUCCCCUCAUCAACGUCCAUGCCUCUGAGAAGGUGGAGCACCAGGUAAUGGAUGCAGUGUCGCGGGGGGCCAAGGUCCUAAGGGGGGGGAAGCGUCUGGAUGGCUCGUUCCAUCAGCCCACUCUGCUGGCUGAUGUCACCACAGACAUGCUYUGUACCAGAGAGGAAACCUUCGGUCCUCUCCUGCCCGUCAUCAGGUUUAGCACAGAGGAGGAAGCACUUGCCAUUGCCAAUGCAUCUCAUGUGGGUUUAGCAGGGUACUUCUUUUCCCAGGACGUCAGUCAGAUCUGGCGGGUGGCGGAGAAUCUGGAGGUAGGCAUGGUGGGGGUGAACGAGGGUCUCCUCUCCACCCCAGAGGCCUCCUUCGGCGGGGUCAAACAAUCAGGCCUGGGCCGUGAGGGCUCCAAUUGGUAG